CCUUCUCCCCCGCUAGCGGGCCGGCGGGGCACCCGAGUUCGGUGCAAAAAUGCUGGGCAUGUACGUGCCGGAUAGGUUCGCCCUGAAGUCGUCCCGGGUGCAGGACGGGAUGGGGCUCUACACGGCCCGCAGAGUGAAGAAGGGUGAAAAGUUUGGUCCCUUUGCAGGGGAGAAGCGAAUGCCGCAGGAACUGGACGAGAACACGGACUGCAGGCUCAUGUGGGAAGUUCGUGGGAGCAAAGGCGAGGUCCUUUAUAUCCUGGAUGCCAGCAACCCUCGCCAUUCCAACUGGCUGCGGUUUGUCCAUGAGGCUCCAUCCCAGGAACAGAAGAACCUGGCAGCCAUCCAGGAAGGGGAAAAUAUUUUCUAUCUGGCUGUGGAAGAUAUUGAAACAGAUACAGAACUUCUGAUUGGGUACUUGGACAGUGACAUGGAAGAAGAGGAGGAGGAGGAGGAAGAAGGAACUGUUAUCCAGGAAGAUGAAGACAGUGGCAGCAAUAAAGAAGGGCAGCCAGCUGGUGCAAAAACUGCAGAUCCCCUCACCUGUAAAAAGGACCAUGCAUGCCCAAACUGUGAAUCCAGUUUUGCCAGUCAGGAGAUCCUAGCUGAGCAUCUGCAGACUUUGCACCAAAAACCCAGUGAGGAAAAGGAAUUUAAGUGCCGAAACUGUGGAAAGAAAUUCCCUGUUAAACAAGCUCUACAAAGACAUGUCCUUCAGUGCACAGAGAAUAUCAGCCCAGGAGACUCCUCAAGAAGUUUCCAGUGCUCUGUUUGCAAUACUGCCUUCAGCUCAGAAUCGAGUUAUGAGCAGCACAAGGAGGCAUGCAGAGGGGAUGCCAGGUUCAUAUGCAAGGCAGAUAGCUGUGGGAAGAGGUUCAAGAGCAAGGAUGCCCUGAAAAAACACAAAGAAAAUGUUCACAGUGGAAAUUCUAGGAAGAAGCUGAUGUGUUCAGUGUGCAAUAAGAAAUGUUCCUCAGCAGCAAAUCUCCAGGAGCAUCGAAAGGUGCAUGAGAUCUUUGAGUGUCAAGAAUGUGACAAGAAAUUCAUUUCGGCGAACCAGCUGAAGCGCCAUAUGAUAACUCAUUCAGAAAAACGCCCCUACACCUGCGAGGUUUGCAAUAAGUCCUUCAAACGCCUUGAUCAAGUGACUGCACACAAAAUAAUACACAGUGAAGAUAAACCUUAUAAAUGCAAGCUUUGUGGAAAGGGAUUUGCCCACAGAAAUGUUUACAAGAAUCACAAGAAGGUACAGCACAGGCAGCAGCACUGCGAGCUUCCCCACAGUGUCUCGUCCAUGUGUCCCAACCCUGUUCUGGAGGAACCCCCUGUUGAGACCCAUUCUGAAGAGAGACCGUUCCAGUGUGAGGAAUGCAAAGCCUUAUUCAGAACCCCCUUCUCUCUACAAAGGCAUCUCUUAAUCCAUAACAGUGAGAGGACCUUCAAGUGUGAUCACUGUGAUGCCACCUUCAAAAGAAAAGACACAUUAAAUGUUCAUAUUCAAGUUGUCCAUGAUGGACAUAAGAAAUACAAGUGUGACCUGUGUGACAAAGCUUUUGUGACACCCUCAGUCCUGAAGAGCCAUAAGAAAACUCACACAGGAGAAAAAGAGAAGAUUUGCCCAUAUUGUGGACAGAAGUUUGCAAGCAAUGGAACACUGAGAGUUCAUAUUCGAAGCCAUACAGGGGAGCGUCCUUAUCAGUGUCCUUACUGUGACAAAGCUUUCAGCAAGAACGAUGGCUUGAAGAUGCACAUUCGCACCCACACCCGGGAAAAGCCGUACCAGUGCUCGGAGUGUAACAAGGCUUUCAGUCAGAAGCGAGGCCUGGACGAGCACAUGAGGACCCACACCGGGGAGAAGCCCUUCCAGUGUGAUGUUUGUGACCUGUCCUUCAGCCUGAAGAAGAUGCUGAUCCGACACAAGCUGACUCACAACCCCAACCGCCCCAUGGCAGAAUGCCAGCUCUGCCACAAGAAGUUCACAAGGAAUGACUACCUCAAAGUGCACAUGGAAAAUGUCCAUGGAGAAACUGACACCUAAAUACAGCCUCAGUGAGAAGAAUGGAUCCAAAGUGGUGCAUUUUCAGGUGUAGAAACUCUAGACUUCCCACCUGGCCAGUAAGCACAGUCAGGAGAAACAACUGUAAUGCCUUCACAUGCUAUUUUUCCUGAUUUUGUCAAAAAUAUGUUAGUAGGAAAAAAAGC